GAUCGGUUUGUGUUGUUUUGCAUUUGGAGCGCUGCUUUGGCUCUCGUGACUAGCUAUAACUUAAUCUGCAGCUACCGAUUUUCUAGUGAACUAUUUCUUCCAAACCUAAACCAUGUCUUUUUCAAGAGCUCCAGUGAAGCGAUUUAAUGAAAAUAUCGGCUGCGCCCCAGCACCCGGCACCUACGAGCUGAAACCAGGAGAGGUGAAGGGACCUGCCUCUUUCCGCCGGUUAGAGCGCUUCAAACUGCUCAUGGCCAGUGAUGAUGUGCCCAUGUCACCUGUGCGUAGGACCAUGUCUGUGGAUGGUCUGGUUGACGGGUCCAUGUCAAAGAAAGACAAGAGUGGCCUAUCGAUGCAGAUGAAACAGCAGAAACUCCUGGAGAAAGAGAUCCGCUCUCUGGUGCAGCAGCGCGGGGGGCAGGACAGGCGCCUGGUAACCCUGGAGGAGGAGCUGAGGAAGGUGAAGGCCAAGCUGUCUUCUGUGGUCAGGGAGAAGACUGGUCUGGCAGCUAACUUCACCACCCUGGAGAGACAGCUGGCUGAGCUCAAGAAGACUAACGAGUUCCUCAAGAACAAGGUUUCUGCAGACACCACUAAGAAGAGAUUCCAGUCUAUGUCUAUGGAGCUGAUGGAGGCAAGAAACAAACUGGAUGUCAAGGACAAGGAGCUGAGUUUCCUGCAGAUCAGUACAGAGGGCCAGGUGAAGUUGCUGGAGACAGACUUGGAGGCAGCCAGAGCUACACUCACUGCCCUGAGGGAGAGGAACGAGGACCUGGAGGACCUCCACCACGACACCAAAGUCCACAACGAGGAKCUGGAGAAUGAGAUGGGUACACUGCAAGCUGUGAUCCAGGAGCUGAGAGAGGAGGUCAGUGUUCUUCAGGGUUACCUGGACACAGCCAACGACCACAUCCAGGACCUGCGUAUGAAGCUUCGUAAGAAGACAGAGAUGGAGAACAGCAUGUCUGAGUCUCAGCACGAGAAACUGGGUCAUCUUGAGCAGAAACUGGAGCAGUGCACCGCGGAGCUCCGGAACUCUCAGAACAUUCUCCGUCAGAAGGAGGAGGAGUCAGAGAAAGGUCAACAGGACCUGCAGGCUUCCCGGGAUGCUUUGAAGGAGACCGAGAAGCUCCUGGAGCGGCGAGAGGCGGAGCUGACGUCCUCCCAGAAGGUAUUGGGAGAGAUGGAAACACAGAUGCAGCGGGCCAACCAGGAAGUGUCUGACUCCCAGAGGGCAGUGCGGCAACAGGAUGCGGAGGUAGUGCAUCUGAGGGAGGUGCUGAGGAGGACAGUGRAGGAGCUGGAUGAGAGAGUAGCUCACCUGGGAGAGAAGUGCAAAAUCCUGGAGGAGGAGAGAAGUAGGGGCCAGGGGAGAGUGGAGGAGCUGACUGCAGAGCUGAGCCUCCUGCAGGAGAACUGGAGGAGUGAGAAGGAGGUGCAGGAGCAGCUGGCGCAGACACACACCUCCCUGGCUGAGGAGCUGAAGAAGGAAAAGGAGCGUGCAGCCUCCCUGGCCUCGGGGCUGGAGAGAGUUAGGGAGGAGACCGAGGACGAGAGGAAACAGUUGGAGGAUGAGUUGGAGGAGGCUCUAGUGGAGCUGUCGGUACUGGAGUUGCAGGAAGAGAGGAGGGAAGAGGAGGAGAAGAGGAGAGAGGAGGCCUUACAGAGUUUUCAGCUGGAGAAGACUGAGAUGGAGAGGGAACUGACUGAGACCAGAGCACUGCUUGAAAGGAGGAGCAGUGACGUGGAGGCGUUGGAGAAGGUGCACUGUGCUGAAACGAGGAGGCUGCAGGAGGAACACACCGCCUCCCUCAGCAAGAUAGGACACAUGGCCACUGAACUGGAGAGCACCAGACAGGCCCUGAAGGGAGCAGAGGAGAGGAGUAGAGCGCUGGAGGAGGAGGUGGAGAGGGUGACUAAGCAGAUGGAGAGAGUGAAUCAACAGGAGGAGGAGGAAAAGCUGAGGGAGGAGACGGAGGAGGAACAGGAGAAACAUCAAGCUAACCAGCAGGUUCAGGAGAAAGCCAGAAAGGAGUAUGCAAGAAUUCUGUUUGAGGUACAGACACGUCUAGCUCAGAGAGAUGAUGAAAUGAAGAAGGCUGAGGAGGUGCUGCAGGAGGAGAGGAUGGAGAAAACGGAGGUGCAAAGGCUACUCCAGCAAGCUAGAGAGGAGAAAGAGGAGCUUCAAAGGCUAUUUAAGCAAACUAAAGAGGGGGUGCAGAGGCUACUGGAGCAGGAGAAAGGAGAGGGGGAUGUGCAGAGGAGAGAGUUGAAGCAUGGGAUGUCAGAGGAGGUGGGGGGGCGAGAGAGACUGGUGGAGGGGGUAGAGGAGGAGAAGCUAACUCUUCAGUGCUUGGUAGGGGAGGUGGAGAAGGAGAAACUGAGCCUUCAAAACCAGUCGGAGAAGAUGGAGGACCAGGUAAAGAAAUAUCUGCCUUCUCUAGAGAACCACAUGAAGGAGGUAGAGAAAGAGAGGGAUGAUCUGAAAACAGUAGUGGUGUUUGAAAUAGACAAACAGGGCCUUCAGAACCAGGUAGAACUGAUGGAAGAGAAGGUUUCUCUCCAGAGCCAGGUGGAUGUGGUGGUCCAGGAGGUUUCUCUCCAGAGCCAGGUGGAUGUGGUGGUCCAGGAGGUUUCUCUCCAGAGCCAGGUGGAUGUGGUGGUCCAGGAGGUUUCUCUCCAGAGCCAGGUGGAUUGGUGGUCCAGGAGGUUCUCUCCAGAGCCAGGUGGAUGUGGUGGUCCAGGAGGUUUCUCUCCAGAGCCAGGUGGAUGUGGUGGUCCAGGAGGUUUCUCUCCAGAGCCAGGUGGAUGUGGUGGUCCAGGAGGUUUCUCUCCAGACCAGGUGGAUGUGGUGGUCCAGGAGGUUUCUCUCCAGAGCCAGGUGGAUGUGGUGGUCCAGGAGGUUUCUCUCCAGAGCCAGGUGGAUGUGGUGGUCCAGGAGAAAGUGACUCUCUAUUGGGAGAUGGAGGAACAGAGAAGAGACUUCCAGAGAAUGCUGCUGGAGACUCAAGACAAGAGUGAUGCAGAGACRGAACACUGGAGGAGACAGUACGAGGAGCUCUACGCCAAGGUCAAGCCCUUCCAGGAGCAGCUGAAUGGGUUUGCUGCGGAGCGGGACUCGCUACUGAACGAGAACGGGGCGAACCAGGAGGAGCUAACACGGCUAGCGGACGCCUACGCUCGUCUGCUGGGCCACCAGAACCAGAAACAGAAGAUCAGACACGUGGUGAAGCUCAAAGAUGAGAACAUUUCCCUCAAACAGGAGCUGUCUAAGCUGCGUGCCCAGGUGUCCCGUCAGAAGAAGGGAGGCCAGCCCCAACGCAGGGUUGACCCCAGCAAAGCCUUCAACAACCAGGACAGCAAGGAGAACCAGCAGCCUGCUGCCAUACCUCUGACACACCAGCAUUUCCUUUAGCGGGAAACCGCUGUUGAAAGUUACACAGACYGACAAUGGCCAGACACUAGUAGAAGGCACCAACUGCCCUGAGUGAACAGGACAAAUCAUUUUGAGUCAUGAGGAUGUUGGUGUUUGCAACCCUGUAUAUGUUUUAGGGGAAACACAUGCCCCUAUUUUACCAUCCUAUAGAGCCAUCAGAACCAACGUGUGAAUGAUAUCCGUUUCAGCAUGAAGCAUGCCCCUGUCGUCUUUCUUUUGCUACAUAAGCAUUCAUAUUAAGCACUAAAUAAAUGUUUUGUUUGUUCAACAUAACAGUUUUGUAUAAUGCAAAUACACAGUGCAUUUGGAAAGUCA